AUGGCAGAACAAAAUUCUUAUUUAUGUGUUAAUUGUGGGAAUCGAGUGAAACAUUUAUACAGAGAAUAUAGUCCAUCAGUUUUGAAAUUAAUCAAUUGCGAAAAAUGUGGAAAUGUAGCCGACAAAUAUAUAGAAUACGAUCGAAUAAUUAUUUUAAUAGAUUUAAUUUUACUUAGCAAAGAAGGGUACAGACAUGUACUAUACAAUUCACAUUAUAACGUAAAUAUAAUAAAAAUGAAAAUUUUUUAA